AGACUCACUGUAGAUUCUCCACUCAGCUUUAUCGCACGGUGUUUGGGACCAACCUGCCUGCCCGCCAUACGUAUACCUGCCAGGUCACCAAAGGUGUGUGAUUGUUAUGAUAUUAGGAUGACAAUAGGUUCGCUUCAACCCACCAGUUGACAAACACAAUCGUUCACUGCGAGGAGAGAGGGUCGUGAUUCAGAAACGAUCGAUAAACAUUGGACAAGUUGAAGUUCGUCUCCUCUUCGUCUGCUUCUGUUCAGUCGAAACUUCAAUCAGCGCAGUUUCUUAUUAACAUACCUCCACGCACACACCUAGACGCACACCAGCUUGGUGAAAUAUAUAUCUUAGCCCAUACGUGUAGUUCACCGGAGAGACAAUUAUUUCAAUUUAAAGUCCACGAAAGGAACUCUUCUUCAUGAGUUCUCAAGUCGUCUGAGUGCAAUGGAUUUAGUAGCUAUACUGUUUGAUGAAUUGUCUGCGAAAUGUUUACAGUGUUAGCUCAUAAUGCGAAACGCCCAUUAACCGUGAACUAUAACUGCAAACGUUAUUUUGCAUCAUAUAUACAUCGUGGUGGUUAUCGUUUGAAAGUAUUAUAAAGCAGUUGAUACUUCUAGACUGUAGAGAGGAACACUUCUCAACAUCGUAACAGAAAAUGGAGACUGGUACGAUGGCUGACGUCUUGAUGAACCAGACUUCGUCUUGGACCUCGACUUCCGCGACGACGACGGCUGGCAGUGACGGUCGAAAUUUUGUUUUCAACGAUCCGGUCCAGCGAAUCAUCCUCGCCGUCAUCUUCAUCAUCGCUUUCGUCGUGGGCUUCACCGGCAAUGGACUGACAAUGCUGGCUGUUGCACUGAGUAGGAAAUUGAGAACGAUUACCAAUGUGUUCGUGGUCAAUCUGGCGAUGGCUGACCUCCUGACCUGCUGCGUACUGCCAUGGAACACGGUUGCGUUGUUGAGCUUCAGUGGGUGGCCGUUACCUGACUGGGUAUGUGCAGGUGCUGCUCUGGUUCUAUACACCUGCGGUGGCUGCAGUCUCUACAGCCUAGCAACCAUCGCCAUUAAUAGAUACAUCAUCAUUACUAGGCCGCUUAAAACGUAUCGCGCCAUCUAUACGAAAAGAAACAACGCUAUUAUUUUAACCAUCUGCUGGUUAGUUCCUUUCUCUGUGUCGUUGAUCCCGCCACUGUGUGGACUCGGCGAGCUCGGAUACGCUGUCAAAUAUAAGACAUGCUCGCACAAGACGGCCCAUCCGUUGUCCGACUACUACAGCAUGCUCCAAGCCGCUGUUCUGUAUCCAGUACCUCUCGUGAUCGUCGUCGUCUGCUACAUCAAGAUCUUCCUCCAUACUCGACGUCACAUGAGAACGAUGACGAUGUCCGAUUCUUCCGACACGUCGGUCACCAAUACGAAGCGAUCGUCACCGAACGGCACACCGCAUCAUGAACCAAACAAAUCAGUCAAGAAGCGGCUCAACAGGCGCCAAGUAGAAAUUACAAAAAAUAUGUUGUUUGUCGUCUGCGCGUUUGGUCUUUGCGCGUCGCCUUAUUGCGUCUCGCUCAUGAUACCACCAAGUGAUCCUGCUAUCCCGUGGACAGCCGCCAUCUUGCUUUUUAAUAGCUGCGUGAAUCCAAUUAUCUAUGCUACCAAGCAUCCUUAUUUCAAGCAAGUCUUUGGUUCUAUGUUGAAAUGCCGAUGUACAGAGAUCCCAGAGCAAGCCAGCAUCAUCAGAACGAUCUCAUCCAUGCGCUCUUCUUUCCGAUCAACCAGGAGGAAAAAUAAAAAGCCUGCCGCUCACAGGUACCAUAGCGACAAUAUCAACACAGUGAUGAAAGAAGCUGAUGUCUGAAAAACAAGAAGUAAAUAAAAGGCCUGUUGAUUAAGGGAUUAUAGCAGAACUAGCACACCGAUUGGCCGAUGGUAAAAUUACUGGUUGGCAAAUAUUGAUAUGUGAGUUGGUCUAGUAGUUACGCAACUAUCUGUCUUUGCCUUCUAACCGGCCGCACCGGGUACCGGAUCUAAACUGACUCGUCUCUUCAACAUGCUAGUGUCAUGGACGUAGUGCCAUGGACGUAUUACAAAUAAUGGUCCUUGGAUCUUUGAAAUAAUCAUAUCUGUGUAUACAAGAUUUUGUUUAUAAAAGCUCUGGUAAACUAAAAUGACUUGCCAUUGAAGGAAAUCACUAACAGAAUGCUACAGGACGAAAUUAACAAUCUAAUGGUUAAGAAUUAGGACUGUACGUUUUAGCAUGAGAUAUAUCCAUUCUUUUAAUGUGUUGAACGGAUAUUACAGACGGUUUACACUUGACUACCAGGAGUGUUUGAUUCUGAACCAGAUGGCAGCCCCCCCCCCCCCCUCACUUCCCCACCACCCCUCCGCGGUCCAUACUUUCCCAUUUGAUUUGAUAUCUCGAUACAUGGGUCUGCCCCCCCCCCCCCCCCCUCAACAUGCGGGAAAUCGAUCAACACUCAUGUUGCCUCUGGCCUCAAUAACAUGGAUGUUAUGACAACGUUAACAAAACACAUUUCUUUGUGAUUAUAACAUGAACAGGUGAGGCGCUCAUCCACUUUGGAAUCAUGUAUUUGGAAGAAAAGCGAGCAUGUCUGGCAAAGAAUAACACUGGAUGUUUUUUUUUUUUCAUUAAAAAAUGAUCGUCUGAAAAUGAAAAA